AAGGAGAAACAUCAAGGGGAAUGGCAGUGCCAGUCCUGGACACAACAGAACUUCCUUCCAGGACAGUGGACCUCUUGGCUGUCAACCUCACCGAGCUCGUGAAUGGGAUGCUUUCCAGAGCCCUGAAAGGGAGCAAAACCUUUUUCUCCUUGCUGAGCGUUACCUCGUACAGUUCAUUUGCUUUCCAAAAGCUGUCGGUGGCCGUGUAUAAUAUUUCUACCCAGAAAAGGGUGAACCCAACCCACUUCCCAACCAGAUACUGCUACUGCUUAAACAAUAAGACCAACGAUUUAACAGAUUUCACAGCUCUUCUGGUGGACAUCAUCGGGAACUCCACCAGCUACCUGAAGGAGAUUUUCAAAUCCACCUCCAUUCUCUCAGUGAGUCAGAGUAAUGAAACCGACUGCAUCUAUAUCUGUGUGAUGACAGGAAGCACAGGAAGAAAUCUUUCCGAGUUCUGGGAAAUGGUGGAGAAGUCCCCUCUUAUUAAUUAUACGUUUUCCAGUAAUACUUCUGGGGCUCUGGAUGUAGAAUCGAUUCUUCCCAGUUUGAAGACCAUCCAAGAAGAGAGAGAGAAAAUCACUAUGGAGGAGUUCCAGCAAAAUACCCAUAUUGGCCAAACCAUGCCAGUGGAGGCCCAGGUGACUGCACCACAAGGACCCCAAAUGCCCCCCUCGAGGAUCCCCCUCCAGGCUCAGACUGCCGGUUUGCAAGGACCUGAAGUGGAAGUGUCGUUCUGGGUGGGAACCAGGCCUUCCCAAGGGCAUGAAGCCCCAUCCUCGAGAGGGCCCCCCAGGCGCCCAUCGCCCAGUGCUGUAAGGACUACUGGGAGACCGCCUUUACCCUCCCCAGCCCCAGGAACUUUUGCUCUGAGAGUCCAAACCACCACUGACAGACCCACCAAAGCCCCUGCCCCUCGUCCCCAGUCUGGUUUUCCUCCAUCGCCUCUGUCUUCCUCAGAGUUCUCACCGCCGCCUUUACCCAAACUGCACCUGGCUUCAAGAUGCCCGCAGCUGAUCGUGAAAGAAAGAGCCGUGACCUCAACCCCUCUCACUGGCAGUGCUCCCAAGAUAAACCCGUGUGUAAUGGAGCUGUGUCGGUUCUUCCAAAAGUGUCUCUGCGUGGGCCCAGUGAGAUAUUCAACAAAAGAUGCUGUGAGGUUCUGUGUGGAGCGCUACUCCUGGUUCUUGAAAAAUGCAACCUUCAUCUGCCAGAGCGUGAAAAGAACGUCUGACUCCCACAGUGGACAAGAGCCAGAUACUCCUGAUCUUCCAUCUGAGCUACCACUUGGGCCUGCAAGAAAUAUCAACCACACCACGCUCUUCAGUGGGGUUUUUAAAAAUGUGGAGAGUGUGACUUUAUUUUUUGACUGCCUGGGAUCUCACUUCACCUGGCUGCAGGCCAUCUUCACCAACUUCCCUGCCUUGCUGCACUUCGUCAGCAAGCUGAAGUGCGUCACGAGCCUUUGUCCCAAGGAUUUGGAGGACUACGGCUGCUCCUGCCGCUUCGAGAUGGAAGGAUUGCCCGUGGACGGGACUGACCGCUGUUGCUUCCAACACCGCAGAUGUUACGAAGAAGCCUCGGAGCUGGAGUGUGUCCAAGACCCAGCCCAGCUCUCCCUAGACGUGGGCUGUGUCUCCCAGAACAUCACGUGUGAGUCCAGUGAUUCUUGCCAGCAGCUUUUAUGUCUCUGUGACAAAGCUGCAAUUGAAUGCUUUGCUGGCUCCAACAUGAACUCUUCCCUGAAUGGUCUGGAUCCCGCUUUGUGCCUGGGCACAGGGACUUCAGCAGAACUUCCGGCACCCAGCUUGUGGACUUCCCAGCCAGCAGCUCUGACGGUUAGCCCCGGAGCCAGGGCCGGUAGAACGGCCCCCGCACCUCCUGGACCGGAGGACAGCCCGACUCUCCCAGGAUUCCGUCCAACUGGGCUGGCGGCGUCUUCCCCUGAGGGCUUACACCCCGAGGGCUCUCCAGAUCCAGGGACGAGGUUUCAGGUAUCAGGAGUGAUCCUGGCCCCCUCAGAGCCGUCCCCAGCCACAACCCCAGCUGCAACACUAGUCUCGUCCCCAGCCACAUCCCCAACUAAGAAAGAAACUGGAAGACCUACAGAAAAACCAUGUGCCAGACUCACCUUUCGGCAGCUGGACUGGGACGGGCAGGUGAAGCGGGAGCUGUCCCACCUUGGAGAGAUGCUCUUUUGCUUAACCCAAAGGUGCCCAGAAGAAUUUGAAUCGGUUGGUUGCUUCUGUGGACCAGAAGAAAGAGGAGCCUCUGCUGACACCCUAGACAGAUGCUGUUUUUCCCACCACUGUUGCCUGGAGCAGGUGAAGACCAUGGGCUGUGAGCUGGAGCGGAGCUCCCGAAUGGAGGUGGUGUGUCUGGACCACAAACCAGAAUGUAUCGGCUGGAAUUUGUGCGAGAAGCUGCUCUGCUCCUGCGAUCAGACAGCUGCUGAGUGCCUGGCGGCUGCAUCCUUCAACACCAGCCUCCCACUCCCUAGGCGACCCGGCUGUCGGGACACCAGGGCAGUGUGUCCGAGCAGACUUCCUGGGAGGCCCUUCGCCUCUGUCGAAGUGGGAUCCAGGAGCUCCAGCUCGGAAGAGAGUAGUGAAGAAGCUGAUCCACCCGGCCGUUUCUUAAGGAGACUGAGAAGAUUCGUGGUGGAGCCUCUGGACAGCGCAGGAUACAGCUCACGGCGUGGGAGAUGAGUGAGUUCCCCCUCUUCAGAGCGGCGCUAGAGGCAGCUCUCGGUUGAAACGCGGGGGUUUCAAUUCCCAGUAGCAUGUUAGCUUCCAGAUACGGAUCUUUUUGUGUAAUCCAGGCUCAUCCCAGCUCUUCA